CCACAUACAUCGUCCAAUGUUAUCAACUUAUGCCUUGAAAUUUAAUUUGUAGACUGAAAAGCUCUAUAUAAGCUGCAUGGGGGAUUUCUAACAUUGUGUGUGGUGCUCUUUCAAGAAUCUCCUCAACAUGCUUUGUCCAAUUUGCUUUCUUCUUUUCCUACUCACCCAAGUUAACUACUUUUUCAAGAGCAAUCAUUCUUAAUUAGUUCAAUUUUCUUUUCUCUUGAAUUCGGUUAGAAAUUUCCCAAGUAGUAAAGAUUAUUUCUCUAGAAAUUAUCACUAAGUCAUAUUUUUAUACCGAUUUAUUACUAAGUAAAACACAAAAAACAAAAAAAAAAAUAUGGGGAGAGGGAAAGUAGAGUUGAAGAGAAUCGAGAACCCCACAAACAGACAAGUAACGUUUUCAAAGAGACGAAACGGGUUGCUAAAGAAAGCGUUUGAACUGUCGGUAUUAUGCGAAGCCGAGGUUGCUCUCCUCGUCUUCUCUCCUUCCGGAAAGACCUACCAAUUUUCCAGCCAUGACAUGAAUAGGACCAUUACACGGUACAAACUCGAAGUAGGAAUAACCAAAACAGAUGACCAAGAAAUCUCAUCAAUGGAGGUGUGGAGAAAUGGAAUUGAGGAAAUGAAGAGAACGGUUGAGGCUUUGGAGGCGAAAGAAAAUCAUUUUGCUGGAGAAAAUCUAUCUGGGCUGGGAUUGAAAGAGUUGAAGCAGUUAGAGAGGCAACUAAGAGAUGGGGUCGAACGAAUUCGUUCCAAGAAGCUCAAUGAGAUUCAAGAAGCCAGUACAAGCUCAAUCAUCCUAGAAUCAGAUGCAAACAAGAUGUUUCAA